AUGGCAGCCAAACUGGCGUCGAUUGGGCACUGCAGUGGGGCGUCCCGUGAUUCCUCUAUCAAGACUGCCAGCCAAUCAGCUCCCGCCGACUCAUCAUUCUCUCGAUAUCUCGUGCAGUCAACUGACAACGGUGAGUCCUUCAUCGGCGCCUAUUCCUCUGCAGGUACUCUUGUGCCCUGCUCUUCUGACCGAUGCGCUCCAGCCCUGUACCACCCUGCCGCGCUUGCUGAGUUGGCAAGCGCCCAGCUUCAAAAGUCCUGCAGUCCCAAUGCAGCCCACCCAUCCACAUGGAAAUCCGGUGCUGUGUCGCUUUUUCGCCUCCAAAAAGGGUACGCUGGCGUAGUCACCAUUUGGUUUUUUGGUUGUCGAAGCGGUGAUGCUUGUGCCUACCUACAUGUAGCCCCCGGUUCAGCCGCCCCAGCUCCGGUGCAAGCUGAUGUCUCAGGGUCAGUCAAUUCUGAAGCAACAGUGCCCACCAAGAAGGACAAUAGGCCGGAGAAUGGCUCCCGAACAACAGUACCCAAACCAGUCUCCAAGGCACAGAAAGAAUCGCCCAGGAAUUUCCAAAUCGGGCAACUCAGACGCCGAUUCCACCCCAAGGAGGAGCAAGAUGCCGCUGGGAACACCACUUUUGCAUUCGGCAUGGCCCCUACUGAUCCAGAUUUCCCCUUUGACAUGACAGAGCUCCUCUGCUCGUUACAAGUUCCACAUGACUGGCCAUCGGGGGCCGCGAGGGUCAAACUUAGGGCUACCAACGCGGACAUGCCCAAGGGGUUCCAACUCAAUGUCGAAAGGGGCUUCGACGGGUUGGUUGAUGCUGCCAUCAAAGAUCGGCGGCCGCUUACACUACUUGGCUUGAUGAAUAGCCUCGAUAGAAACCUAGAGCGCUUUCUGACUGCUGAAAAGGCACCCACGAUCAAGUUAGUUGCCAAUGCCCGUAGCCCGCAGCCGGAUGUACCUCCUAUUUCAGUGCCGCAGAAACAAGGGAAUGUACAACCACAGUACACAACUCGCAUUGUUCCCGUGUCACCGCGGGUGCUGUACUCAGCUGAAGACCGGGCGGAAGCUAAGAAGACCAGAGACUCUGAGACGAGACAGCUAGAAGCUCGUCUGAACCGUUUACCUCUGUACAAAAAGCUCGGAGAUGGAUUUUCCUACAUUGUGCCUGUCACCCCCGCAAAGCCCGAGCGCCUUGCUGCCAGUCUACGAGCGGUGAAGACGGUGAAAUUAUCAGUACCUUCAUUAUACCCCCUCGAAAAGAGUUCCAUCGAGCUCCAAGCCGUGGAUGCCAAUGACGCCCGCGCAGUUGAGGCUGGCUUUCAAACCACGGAGAAUAUUCAUCAGACACCAUCUUCUCAAGUCGUGGCAGAAGUUGAUAUUGAAGCAACGAAAAAUCAAAUAGACAGCAGCAUCGACAUUGACCGCCCCCAUAUUAAAGUCAUCCCGCGGCCUCCUGAAUGGUCGAUGCCGACAACAGGACAGGACGCUGAUAGUGAUACCACACCUGACCACAGCAGCGAUUCCUAUGAAGAAGACGAAGACGAAGACGGAGAGCACGAUGGCGGUGCGCUAAUCCCUGAAACGACUACUUUGUCAUCGUCAGCGAAUACGAAUGCGCCCGCACGCGGGACUGCUCUCAAUCUACCCGGUCUAGAACUCUACGGAAUUGAGCUACUUGAGGUCAAAUCGCUGUCAAUUACAGUCAAGUGUAAUCGAUGUAAAGAGCACACUGAUAUCAAAAACAUCAAGGCGACGGAUGACCCCAGUCAGCCAUUUCCAGUGAAGGUUGAUUCGUGCAGGAAGUGCGCCAAUUCUUUCAAUAUUGGUAUUUCACUGUUUCCCUCCCAAUCAUAUACUAUUUACUUUCCAACCGACGUGCUCGGAAUGCUCAGCCCCGUUUCCAGCUCCCGGUGUUGUCACUAUUUCAAGAUCUCCGAGGUCAAGUUUAUGGUCGUCGGGCUAUCUGCACUGUCACACCACCGACUUGCUGCGCCACGGAAAAAGAUCCGAGAGAACCUGGGCAUUACCAGCGGCCAAGAACUACCUCGUCGAGGUCGAUGUGGGCAUUAUGGGAAGAGUUAUCGGUGGUUCAGAUUCAGCUGCUGCGCCAAAGUCUUUCCGUGCGACAAAUGCCACGACGCAGCCACAGAUCAUCCAAACGAGCACGCGAACCGAAUGAUAUGUGGCUUCUGCUCCCGCGAACAACACUACCGCCCCGAGACAUGCGGAAUAUGUAAAAAUGUCCUCGUCGGUAAAGCCGGUAGUGGAUUCUGGGAAGGCGGGAAAGGGACGAGAGACAAAGUGAAGAUGAGCAGGAAGGAUCCGAGGAAGUAUAAACGGGCGUGA